AUGGAGUCAUGCUUUCCAAUUCUUCUACGCAGCUUGUGCUUCAUGUCCCUGGUGUUGCAGAUAAGCUAUGCAUCGGACUCCAUUUCAGCUGGCCAGAACAUCACAGAUGGCCAAACGAUAGUCUCUCCUGGCGGGAACUUCGAGCUAGGAUUCUUCAGCCCCGGCAGCUCCAAGAACCGGUACGUGGGCGUAUGGUACAAGAAGCUAUCGGCCGGGAGGGUGAUUUGGGUCGCAAACCGAGAGAAUCCCCUGAAUGAUUCUUCAGGAGUCCUAAAGCUCACUCCUCAGGGUGUACUCACUCUCCUGAACCACAACAAUGGGGUCGUUUGGUCCUCCAACGUGUCAAGAUCUGCCCAGAAUCCGAUUGCGCAGCUUUUGGAUUCCGCCAAUUUCGUCAUAAAAGAAGGAAACGACAAUGACUUGGGUGAUGCAAUUUGGCAGAGUUUUGAUCACCCUUGUGAUUCGUUUCUGGCUGGCAUGAAGUUUGGUAUAGAUCGAGCAAAAGGUCUGGACCGGUACCUGACCUCGUGGAAAAGCGUGGACGACCCUUCACUUGGUGAUUUCACAUAUAGGCUCGAUUCUUCGGGAUAUCCGCAGCUGAUCGUGAGAAACAGAUCGGUAGUGCAGUUCAGGUCAGGACCUUGGAACGGCCUUCGGUUUAGCGGGUUCCCUCAGUUGAGCCUGAAUCCUGUUUAUAGCUUUGGCUUCGUCUUCAACCAAAACGAAAUUUACUAUUACUUCAAUAUUCUGAACAGUUCCGUCCCAUCGAUGCUCGUUUUAAACGAGAAUGGGAUUGCUCAGCACUUCAGUUGGGUAGAUCGGACACACGAUUGGAUACUGUAUUCGUCUGCUCAAACGGACGACUGUGACACUUAUGCAUUAUGCGGAGGGAAUGGGAACUGUGACAUUGCUAGCUCUCCAAAAUGCGUGUGCUUAACAGGCUUCAUGCCCAAAUACCCGAGCGCCUGGGAAUUCGGGGAUUGGUCAAACGGUUGUGUCCGGAGGACGGAACUGGAUUGCCUGGGAGGAGACAAGUUUCUGAAGUACACCGAAGUGAAGUUGCCCGACACCAGGCAAUCGUGGUUCAACGUGAGUAUGAACCUUCAAGAAUGCGAGCAGACAUGCUUGAGGAACUGCUCGUGCACGGCUUAUUCAAACUUGGAUAUUAGAGGGCAAGGAAGCGGAUGCUUGCUUUGGUUCGGUGACCUGAUGGAUAUUAGACAGUUCAAUGAGAACGGCCAGGAUAUUUACGUAAGGAUGGCCGCAUCAGAAGUCGGACAAAUCUUUAGAUGCUGCCAUCAAAACCAUGGUGAAGAUCUAGACUUACCUAUGUUCGACCUGACAACCAUAGUGAACGCUACGAAUAACUUCUCUGAAGACAACAAACUCGGAGAGGGAGGUUUUGGAGCUGUCUAUAAGGGUGUUCUGAGGAAUGGCCAAGAAAUUGCUGUGAAGAGGCUGUCGGAAAACUCUAGGCAGGGACAGGAUGAGUUCAAAAACGAAGUCGUCUACAUCGCCAAACUUCAACACCGAAACCUCGUCAAGAUUCUGGGAUGCUGCGUUCAAGUAGAUGAAAUGAUGUUGAUCUAUGAGUUCUUGCCCAACCGGAGCUUGGAUUGUUUCAUUUUUGAUCAAGAGAAGGGUGUUUUACUGGAUUGGCCUAGGCGCUUCUCUAUCAUCAACGGCAUAGCCUCAGGGCUCCUAUACCUUCACCGAGACUCAAGAUUAAGAAUAAUUCAUCGAGAUCUGAAAGCUGAAAACAUCCUGCUCGACAACGAAAUGAAUCCAAAGAUAUCAGACUUUGGUUUGGCGAGGAGUUUCGGAGGUAAUGAUAGCGAAGCGAAUACAAAGAGAGUGGUGGGAACGUACGGUUACAUAUCACCAGAGUAUGCUAUCCAUGGGUUAUAUUCGAUAAAAUCGGAUGUAUUCAGUUUUGGUGUCGUAGUGCUGGAAAUCGUGAGUGGGCAAAGAAAUCGAGGCUUUAAUCAUCCUGACAACCAUUUAAGCCUUCUCGGAUUUGCCUGGACACUGUUCAGAGAUCGAAAGCCUAUGAAGCUGGUUGAUCCAUCGAUCACAUCCACAUUCAAUCCUGCGGAAGUUUUACGAUCGAUCCAUAUGGCUCUGUUGUGCGUCCAACAAAAUUCGAGAGAUAGGCCGGAGAUGUCGUCCGUGGUUAUGAUGCUGGGCAGUGAGAGCGCAUUGCCUCAUCCUAAACAGCCCGGUUUUUUCAGCGAGGAGUCCGUAUCGGAAGCCAGUUCUUCAAGCGGUGGCAAGCACCAACAAUAUUCAGCCAACGAAAUGACUAUUUCAGAUGUACAGCCUCAGUGA